AUGGAUCCAAACCAGAUUCUCGCCCUGCAGAGCUUCAACUCUGGCGCUGCCGGGCAGAACCAGACCCCAAACAACCCCAACACCCAACAACCACCCACCAACCCAGCCUCGCAAGGCCCAAACAACAGCCUCGCCAUUCCCGACGUCUUCACCAACGCCACAGCCUCCACGCGACCAGCAGACUGGGGCAAGCCCAAGCACAACAUCCCCUGCACCUGGGAAGGCUGCGGUCAGAUGUUCACUUGCCGCCACAACGUCGAGCAGCACAUCCGCGAGAAGCACACCGGCGAGCGUCCCUACGUCUGUGCCAUCUGCGCGCAGCAUGGCGGUGAGGCUACGUUCGCGAGACCUGCUUCGUUGUACCGACAUAUGCGCCAGCAGCAUCGCAUCGAGCCUGAUGUGCCCAAUAAGCGGAGACCGAGGAAGACGGUGAAGACGACUGGGCCUGUGAGUGCUGUUCCUGCGUCGGCGGCGCAGCCGAAGAAGAGAGGGAGGAGGCCCAAGGCUGCGGAUCAGCAGGCUUCUCCUGCUCUUGAGCCUACGUCGAUGGCCAUGCCAAUGCAGCCUGCUUCUUUCAACAUCCAGUCGUGCGAGUAUUGCGGUGCUGAGCUGACCGGAGCAGAGCAUGCCAUGCUCCACAUGCACCUCGAGCACAGCAUCCCAGCAUCCCCCAAAUGCGGCUGCAGCUUCUGCAAGAACCAGCGCAUUCAACAAGCGCCUCUUCAGCAGCCUGUACCUUUCGGUACUCUGCCACCAGCUCCCCAGCAGCCCGCGCCCUUCUCACUGCCAAUUCAGCAACCUCAACCCCGCCGCCCCCUGUCAAUCUCUCAGCUUGAGGAGCGCUUGCUCGCUGUUCAGCAAGAGCAGCUUUCCACAGAGUCGACGACUGGCAGUGCUGACUUCACUCCGCCAUUCGACCCAGCUCCGACUCCAGGUCCCGAUGGCUCUGAGCAGCAGUUCCCAGACACUGAUCCUGCGCAGAACGGCUUCGGCUUCAUCGACUACUCUCAGUUCGCGGAUGGAUUCGGUGAGCUGCCGCACGGCCUUGAUGAUCUCUUCCCUGAAUUGGGCGACAUCAGCAAGUUCGGCGGUGACUUCAACUUCUGA